UGUUUUCAUCUGGUUUUCAUCAGGUCUGCCAGCCACUUCUGCGAGAAUGGGGGCGGGAGCUCUCGCCAUCUGUCAAAGUAAAGCAGCAGUUCGGCUGAAAGAAGACAUGAAAAAGAUAGUGGCAGUGCCCCUAGAUGAGCAGAGGAGACUUACCUGUAAGAAGCUAUUUGGAGUCAGUCUGCAAGAUCUGCACCAGCAGGGACUCACUGAGAAUGGCAUUCCAGCUGUAGUGGGGACCAUAGUGGAGUACUUGACAAGGCAUGGACUCACUCAUGAAGGCCUUUUUAGGGUGAAUGGCAACGUGAAGGUGGUGGAGCAACUUCGGUUGAAAUUCGAGAGUGGAGCUCCUGUGGAGCUGGGGAAAGAUGGUGAUGUCAGCUCAGCGGCCAGUCUGUUAAAGCUGUUCCUGAGGGAGCUGCCGGAGAGUGUGAUCACCUCAGCAUUGCAACCUCGACUCAUCCAGGUACUUCAGGAUGACAGAAAUGACAAUCAAGAGAGUAGCUUUCGAGAUUUACUAAAGGAGCUGCCUGAAACCCACUACUGUCUCCUCAAGUACCUGUGCCAGUUCUUGGCUAAAGUAGCGGAGCACCACGUGCAGAAUCGCAUGAAUGUUGACAAUCUUGCCACUGUGUUUGGGCCAAAUUGCUUUCAUGUGCCUCCUGGACUUGAAGGUAUAAAAGAACAAAAUCUCUGCAACAAGAUAAUGGCUAUAAUAUUAGAAAAUUGCAAUACUCUGUUUGAAGUAGAGUGUACAGAAAAUGAUAACCAGAGGUGUGAAAAUCUGGCGAGACUUAUCAUAGUAAAAGAGGCCAGUCGUAUAAACUCCAUGCCUAUUGUCCUAACAAAAGAGUCAGAAAAAAACACACAAAAACCAUCUCCUAAAACCAAGAUCCCAAAGUCCAGGAGUGAGGGAUCUCUUCAGGCCCUCAGAGUACCACACCCAGAGCUAUCCGAUGGUAUUCCUUGUGUCAGUCUGUGGCUAAACCGCAGAAAAUCCCGCUGGGAUGACAUGGAUUCUGCAGAAGACCCUCCUGGUGCCAAGUUGACAUUCAGUUCACAGGAAGAUGAAAGACCUCUGUCGCCUUUCUAUUUAAGUGCUCACGUAUCCCAAGUCAGCAAUGUUUCAGCAACUGGAGAACUCUUGGAAAGAACCAUUCGGUCAGCUGUAGAACAGCAUCUUUUUGAUGUUAAUACGUCUGGAGGCCAAAGUUCAGAGGACCCAGAAUCUGGGACAUUACCAUCUUCCAUCACAUCCGCCAGACAGCGUCGCCGCCAAGCCAAGGAGCAGGAUGAUGUUCUCCAUGGCAGAGACCUGGGACUUGUCAACAAAGAAAAUAUUCCUUCUGGAUUCAGCAACCUUGAUAAUUGUAUGUUGAAUGCUCAGGACAUGGAAAAACUACAUGAAAAUUCUUCUGGUUUUAUUGGAGAAAGCGGCAAAUCCAAACGUCAGAAAUCCAGUACCAAACUUUCUGAGCUCCAUGAAAAUCAAGAUGGUCUUCUGAAUAUGGAAAGUCUCGAUUUCAUAUCAUCUCAUGACAGCACUGACCCUGAGGCUGUGGCAUUAAUGUCCAACAAAAGCAAAGAAAAUGAAAAAGAUGGUGGGAACACUCAACAUUUGGAGAGCCUCACCAUGAAGAUCCAGGAUCACCCCAGCCUACCCGAUGCCAAACUGCAGAGGUCUCAAGAAGCAGCUGAGCAGCAGGAGAGCUUUGUCUCUGAGGUGCCCCAGCUGGAUCUGACUGCAUUGUGUGAAGAGAAGAGCUGGGAAGAACCCACCACCACUGUGUCCUCGUGGCGGCAAGAGAACGUGGACUCUGACGAGGCGUGCCUCUCCCCCCAGGCUGGGCGCCUGAUCCGGCAGCUUCUAGAUGAAGACAGUGACCCCAUGCUCUCUCCUCGCUUCUAUGCAUAUGGGCAGAGUAGGCAAUACCUGGAUGACACGGAAGUCCCCCCGUCUCCCCCCAAUUCACAUUCUUUCAUGAGAAGGCGGAGCUCUUCUCUGGGAUCCUAUGAAGAUGAACAGGAGGACCUGACACCAGCCCAGCUCACUCGAAGGAUUCAGAGCCUUAAAAAGAAGAUCCGGAAAUUUGAAGACAGAUUUGAAGAAGAACGCAAGUAUAGGCCUUCUCACAGUGACAAAGCAGCCAAUCCAGAGGUCCUGAAGUGGACCAAUGACCUUGCCAAGUUCCGGAAACAACUUAAAGAGUCAAAACUAAAGCUAUCUGAAGAGGAUCUCAUCCCCAGGAUGCGACAGCGAAGCAACACACUUCCCAAGAGUUUUGGUUCCCAACUUGAGAAAGAAGAGGAUAAGAAGCAAGACUUGGUCGAUAAAAUGAUAAAGCCGAGCGUUGAGGCCACGCUGGAUUCUGUCCAGAGGAAGCUCCAGGAAAAGCGGGCAGAAGCCGGCCGUCCUGAGGACAUCAAGGAUAUGACCAAAGACCAGAUUGCAAAUGAGAAAGUCGCCCUGCAAAAAGCUCUGUUAUAUUACGAGAGCGUUCAUGGACGGCCGGUAACCAAGAGUGAACGUCAGGUUAUGAAGCCACUGUACGACAGGUACCGGCUGGUCAAACAAAUCCUGUCCCGAGUCAACACCAUCCCCAUUAUUGGUUCCCCCUCCACCAAGCGGAGAAGCCCUUUGCUGCAGCCAAUUAUCGAGGGCGAAACUGCGUCCUUCUUCAAGGAGACCAAGGAAGAAGAGGAUGGUUCUGAAGAUGAUAUCAAUACAAAGCCAGACUUAUUGGUCACUUGGAAAACUGAUUUUAGUGCACGUUGCUUUCUGGAUCAAUUUGAAGAUGAUGCUGAUGGGUUUAUUUCUCCAAUGGAUGACAAAAUAUCAAAGUACAGCCAGGACACUGGACUCUCGAAUCUCCAUGCUGCUUCAAUACCAGAACUCUUGGAACACCUCCAGGAAAUGAGAGAAGAAAAGAAAAGGAUUCGAAAGAAACUACGUGAUUUUGAAGACAAUUUUUUCAGACAAAAUGGAAGAAAUGUGCAGAAGGAAGACCGCACUCCUAUGGCUGAAGAAUACAAUGAAUAUAAGCACAUAAAGGCAAAACUAAGGCUUUUGGAAGUGCUGAUCAACAAGAGAGACAGUGAUACCAAGUCCAUGUGAGGGGCAGCCUCACAGCGGAGGAGAGGGGCUGGGGGCGCAGGACGAACUUACUGCCUGUCUCCCCAGGGAAUAGCAGCUCUGGGGAGACUGGCGGGCAGCCUUGGAGCUGGACCUGCAGAGCAUCUAGCCCUUCCACCUCCAGACCACUGGGGUGGGCUCCAGUUUCAAUUGCUUGCCUUAGGAACACCUGGAUGGAAGAAAGCAGCCUACCCUGAUGUAGGAGUUUUGCAAAAGAAAGUCAAGAUUCCCGUGCUUGUGCACACACGUGCACACACACACAUACAUUGUAGUGGAAACUGUAACUUGCAGUGAUGUGCCACUACGUCGAGACACACUUACCUACAGAGACUACACACUGUUCUUCCCUGGAAAACUCAGAGAUCAUUCUCUAACUGUGAUCACAAACCAGCUCAGGACUUCACUCUGUGAGCGAACUUGCCGCGCAGGUCUGUGUUCUCUCUGGACCCAGUCAACUGGGAACUUGCAUCGGAGCCCUAUUUGCUGCCUUGGCCAUUCUCAUGACCUUCUCACAGAGCUGCGCCUUUCCCUCCUCCUGUGCUUUGUUCCCAGUCAGCACUCAGGUAGAUGGAAGCUGCAUCUGCCCAGCAUGGCAGAAUAGACAUCUAUUUGACAGUGUGUUUCUACAAGACAUCCUCAGCUAAUAAAGAAUUUUGAUCCUGACGAAGCCUGGAUCACCUGCGGAGGACACAGGGAAUAUAGCUGUAGCUCUAUGAAUGUUGAUUUCUUUUAAAAUCAGGUAUCAACAGGGUGAAGAGCCUGGAGAAAUCUUUCCUCGACAUUGACUGCACUUGCCAGUCUCACAUUUUAACAUCAGACACUCAGCGAGGCCAGCAUGCUAUGGCAACUAGUUUGGGGCUUGGUUUUGCUUUGGUACGAGCCAAAUAUGGGGGUCUUGCUUAAUUCUUAGCUUUAGAUAGAAGGAACCUUUGUUCUAGGCUCCUCAGUACUAACCAGAGUCUAAUUUUUUAAAAAGUGGACCUGUACUCAAACCUCUAACUGAAGGGAAAUGUAGUCCUCAGAGCUCAACCCAAGGCAGAAUCUAAAUUACAUUAUUUUAGAACUCAUGUAUCAGAAGGUAAAAUAACCGUGUGUAGCCAAUUAUAAAUUUUCAAGGCUAUUAAAGAUCUGUCUAUAUUAGACAUUUUGAAGGGACCAGGGAAUUUAAGACAUCAAAUCACUCAUCUCUUCAGUAUGCUAGCAUAACUUGGUGACUUAAUUCUUUUUAACCCUCUCUGUCUACACUGGGCAAAGUGGGUUGGCUCUCCCCAUCCACCACAGCUGCCUCUUGCUCUGUGGCUGGCGAGAGGUGGGCCCUGCCUUGGCAGGAGAUAGUGCAGGAUGGUCAGAGCAAUGGGGUGCCCCUAAUAUUUUGAAAAUUACCUUCUUAUUGGGCACUGUUUGUUUAAUAAGAAGAAAAACAAGAAAAUACCAAACUCUACUGACAAAAAGUUAAUUUCAAAAAGGAAUCUUGAGAGAAACUGUUCGGUUUGGAAUUAUGGCAGCAUUUUCCACUGCUGACAUGAGGGAGCUACUCUCUCGGCUGAGCAUCCUUUAAAUUGGCAGUGGGGGAAGAAUACCUUUACGUUUGUUCUCAAAAAUAAUCCUAUGGAAGCAUGAGCUAUGUGUUGGAAGUGCCCUGGUUUUACCCACACACAUAAAGUGGUACAUAAUGCUACAAAUUUAGCUGUAUGUGAAAAUAGAGUUUGGUAUUCUUCGCUCUACUGUUUACAUUGCUGAAUGCUAUAGUUUCAAGGAGCUAUAUUAUAAAUAAGAUUACGCACUUUAGGACACUUUCUAUUUUUGAAAUCUGAGCAUAAAUCAUCCACAUGACCAAAAAUCGUAUUUUUUAAAACAACUGUAUGUCUAGUCUGUCCUUUUUAUGUAACUAUUCACUUAAAUAAGCUAUAAUAUAAAUCAAAUCAUUAUCAGUGAACUUUUAAAACACACCUGUUUAAGAGUAUUGUUUUUAAAAUACUUAUGCUACAGAAUUUAAAAAGAAGAAAAGCUAUGUAAAUGAGAAGCUAGUACAUAUUUUGAAAUCUAUUGUUUCUGCCAAAGGUAAAUUAAUAGAGUUAUUCAGAAUUCCCAUUCAAAUUUGUAUGAUUGGAUAUAAAAAAAAUACCAAGUUAUAGCAAAAUAAAUUGUGUAUGGAAUAUUGUGUUUUCCUUUGUAAUUUCUAAUCUAGAUUUCAUAGACUUAAACCCAAAUUUAGUAUGAGGGGGAGGGGCUGUUUACCUGAGAUCUUAUCUGAAGACAUAUUAGUCAGGAGGUCUGGCCCUGUCAGAAAUGCUGCGGCAAACUUGUUUCCAUAGCAACCAUUUCUGCAGCCUGGGGUCUCAGGGCCCUAGAGACAGUGUCUUAAUAGGCUUCAUCACACAGACAGAAUAUUCUGAACUAAUAUUCUUCCUUUACUCUCUCGGGAGUGGGGAGUGUGUGUGUGUGUGUGUGUGUGUGUGUGUAUGUGUAUGUUAACAAACCAACAAAAUAAAUGUCAAGUGUUAUUUAAUAACAAAGGUAAAGUGUGAAUGAACUUGAUUAUUUGAUUUUUAAGAAUUAGAGACAGCAGAGGUUUGCAAUUUGCACAAGCAUUUUCUCUUAUUGUGUUCAAUUUAGAGUCAAUAUUGAAAUAGAUCUUUAUAUUAAGCAUCAUAUCAUCACAUUUUGUCUUUGGAUCACUUAGUUUGAAUUUCUAUUUAAACACGUUUGUGCAGGGUUCAGGAUGAGGCCCUGCUUCAGAGUUUUUCAAGACUGUUCAAGAUCCUGGUAGAAGAAAGACCUCAUAAUCUCCAAUUCAGGAAAAAUUUCCACAAAAGAGCAUAUUAAAUUUCGAACUGGAGAAUUAAUUAUUUUAAUUGCUAGCUAUAAGGCAUUGUGAGUUAAUAGUUUGACUUCUUUCCUUUGGUUGCCAGCUUUAAGUCACUGCCUAGGUGCAGAUCAGCCAUGUCUGUCUCUGCCGCAGUGUGAUUCUUGUCCUGAUGCAGUGCGUGAUAAUCUGUCACAGGGUGUGUUGCUCCCUGGAUGCACCUCCCAGCUGUGGGAGUUCCCAGCCCUGCACAAACUUCAGGGUUGUAAACAGGGCACGGGGAUGCGCUCAGGGGCAGUCUCCAAACACUGGUGACUAAGCAUUUGAUAAUGUGGUAGAACUUGGAAUCCCUCACAAAAUGAAGGUGUCAGUCUGUCAGAAUUACAGCUGGCCCUGUGUGGUCCAUGAAGCUGGUUUUUUGGAGCCACCUCAUUUUCAGCAGACAGAAUGGGAUUGGACAUCUGGAAACAAUCAGAUCUUCAAGGGAAGACAAAUAUCAAAGUUUUUAUUAACUUUGUGAAGAAAUCCUUAAUCUGAUCCAAUCCUUAAUCUGAUGUCAAUUUCCUCAGGAUAAAACCAUUAGUACCUUGAUACUUUCAGUGGGAUAUUUAUAGUUGAACACCACAAACUUCACUGCUUUGUAAAGAGCUGGUUGUAAUCUAAAUUCUAUUUGGCCUUCAAGAUGGGUCUUCCUGACACAGUGCUCCCCAGGUUCUGGUAUUUUCCACAGUAAGAUCAACAUCUCCAUGACAUUCUUUUCUGCUAUCAUUUGGUUAGAUCAAUAGAGGACAAGACUGUACUAGAUGUUAAAGCCCAUGUGUUUGGCAAAGCCUAGAAUGUGCUGUUUUUCUUUCUGUGGGUUUCCUUCCUUUGUCCCCCUCACCCACACUUAACCCUCAACAUGUGCUAAAGGGCACAUUUUGUUAAAAGACUGGCUACAUGUAAGUUUCAAAUUUUUAUACAAAUCGUGCACCCUGACACCUCUUCCCAGAGUGACUGCAUCGCAGGCCCGGGAUGACUGAUCAUGUUGAGCACUGCACAACUGGCUUUGACCACUUUCCCAAGUAGACUGUGCCUCUGUGGGUAGCCACGUCCUUCCCCCGUGACCCUUGGGGGAAAUGUAGCCAGCUGAAAUGGACUCCAAGUUUACACAUGUAUAUGAACUUGAAAUCUGGACGUCUACAGCCUCACAGUACUGAGCGGGCCUGUCAAGGACAUGCGUGCUGCUCAAGACAUUGCUUUGGUAGAUCUAACUUUCAACCUGAAACAUCUAUCCAGUCAUUACACUCUCCAGGAAUGCACACAAUUUUAGUAAAUAAUAUGGACUCAGAACCAUGUUCACUUGACAUGUAAGCAAUUACAGUUGGCCUUUUUUAAAAUGUGAGCCAAGUGGGAAAUGUUAUGUACAUUUUUGUACAUGGCUGUAUUUUGUAUGAACUUAAAAAGAAAUAAAAUAUUUUAAGCUGAAUGUUCUGAAAUUAUUCAGGCCCAGGAACAUGGGACCGAAGUGCCUGUGGAUGUGAACUUUUCCCUCAGUAAGGAAUCAAAUGUUCUUGUGACCACAGGGGCCUCUUGAGGAUUGCUGUCGUGUUUUGUCUUCGAGGAGGGCACUAGAGGAGAGGCCAAUGCGGUACAAG